GGGGGAGUAAGCUCAUUUUGGGGUGAAAAAUUCGAAAAUGCAAAUAGUGCUUAUUCGACUCAGCUCGACGAGCUGUGUCGAAUGACAACAAAAUCACCGAAAUCCGACUUGUUUGGACAAAGUUAUGAUCGUUGGGCGGGCGGUAUGUCGGAGUUACUAGGGGAAUUCGAAAUUCAUCACUUAAGGUGGAUAUUUUUAUAUUUUCGGAAUACUAAAUAUUCUACUAGGAUACCGUAUAACCUGUAUUAA